CUUUGGUGUACAGGUUGAUACUUUGCAAAAUGGUUCAGUCUUACGGCGGCACAGGGAACGAGUUGAGACAGCGCAGUGUCGACACGUCUGCAAAGCCACUGACGACCACCGAUGAAGGCCGCAAAGUAGACCAAUUGCUCGACGAGCAUCAAACGUAUGAAUUCGGUGGACCUGCAGGGGUGACUGCAAUGAUGGUCGGUUUCCCUAUGCUCAUGUAUUAUCUCUGGAUCUGUUUGUGGUUUUAUGACGGUAAACUUGUGUACCCCACAUCAUCUGAGGACAUUGUUCCGUUCCUUGGGAGGAUGUGGGCACACAUUCGCGACGACGCAAGCCCCAAUGCAUACGCUUGGAAAGUCUAUACCGGUCUUGUGGUUUAUCAGCUCUUCCUCGCAUUGGUCAUGCCAGGGUACCAACAAGAAGGUCUUCCUGUACCUUCUCUUGGGUACAAGACCCUCAUGUAUAACUGCAAUGCGCUCUACUCUCUUUACGCAACCAUGCUGACUGCUGCUGCUCUGCACUACUACCAUAUUUUCCGUCUCACCGAAAUUAUCGACAAUUAUGGCCACAUCAUGUCCGUCGCCAUGAUUUACGGGUUUGCUGUGUCCUUCGGCGUGUAUUUCAUUACAGUUGCAGCCGGGAACGAGAUCCGUAUGUCUGGGAACUUGAUCUAUGACGUCUUCAUGGGUGCUUGUUUGAACCCCAUGUGGGCCGAGGUCCGGAUUCCUUGGGUAAUCGUUUUUUUCUUGGCCGUGUCCGGAGGCUGCCACCAGUAUGAACAGUAUGGUUAUGUCACCCCUAACAUGGCAUUCAUGAUUCUUGCAACAUGGCUCUACCUUAAUGCAUGCGCGAAGGGCGAAGAGUGUAUCCCCCAAACGUGGGAUAUGUAUCAUGAGAAGUGGGUAGACAUUCUUAUGCUCGUUUAUCUGAUUGACAUUUUCUUCAGAUGGGGCUUCAUGACAUACGUAUACUCUGUGGUAUACAUGGCAUCGCACGAUCCCUCUAACUAUCAAUUCUCUACACCUACAUACGUCGUUCUUUUCGUCAUUCUACUGACAGCAUACUACAUUUGGGAUACCUCAAUGUCGCAAAAGAGUCGCUUCAAAAUGCAAACACAGGGCAUCACAACUUUCCGCAACACAUUCCCGCAACUUCCAGGGGGAACCCUAAAGAAUCCCGAGUUUAUCCAGACAACACAUGGAAACCGCCUUCUCAUCAGUGGCUGGUGGAGAUACUCUCGCAAACCUAACUAUGUCGCCGACUGGACCAUGAGCUUCUGCUGGGGUGCCGUUAUUGGAAGUGCAACCAUCAUCCCUUACUUCUACUCCGUUUUCUUCAUCACAGUACUGAUCCACCGCUGUGGACGUGACUUUGAACGCUGCUCAAUCAAGUAUGGCAAAGACUGGGAGCAAUAUUGUUCCGUCGUUAAAUACAAAUUCAUACCCGGGAUCUACUAAUCUAUCAAGCUUUCGUCCAUUUAUACCUGUUUUCUGCUAUUUAUGUUUCUUCCGUUGCAUAUAGAAUACCUUCGCAAUCUAGUACCAUGGACCUUC